AUGUCCGCAUCAUCGACAGGCGAAUCCCUCCAUUCAAUCUCUCUCAACGCAGCGCGACCAUUCACGGUACCUGCACGCGACAGCUUUUCUCUCGAACUUCCGAUAUCUUCACUUACAGCAAUGUCGGCUGACGCCUCGCUCAAGUCCCCUGUCAGCUACAAAAACCAGCGGACGCCCAGUUUCAGUCGGGAGGGCAUAUUAAGCGCAUCUCAAAAAUCUCGACAUCUUUCGCAGUCAUCUGACAACAGACCUGACAGCAUGUCCAAUGGCGCGCAAAAGGUCUCAAGCGAUGAAGGCUCGAACCCGCUCAAAAGGAGGAAUACCGAAACGGGUGUCGAUUACCCCCGCCGCAGGGCCACUAUUGCUUGCGAGGUUUGCCGCUCAAGGAAAUCCCGUUGCGAUGGCACAAAGCCAAAGUGCAAGCUCUGUACAGAGCUUGGUGCUGAAUGCAUCUACCGAGAGCCAGGCAUUAAGCUUGAUGCUGGUGACAAGCUGAUCUUGGAGCGUCUCAACCGCAUUGAAAAUCUCCUUCAGAUGAAUAUGGUGAACACAACAGCAAAUGGACUAAACCUAACUGACAAUUCGCCUGGGAUGAGCAAUGGCACGGGGCUUGAUGGAGACAACAUGAUGCUGUCGGCCAAUGCUGCCUCUUUUGGCUCUAUCCCCAAUGGUGGGUUUGGGACUUGGUCCGCCCAACCGACCGGAACCAAUAUCUCUACCAUGCCUAAAGUCCACACUAAUGCCACUAUGCAUUUACUACAAUGGCCUUUGAUCCGAGAUUUAGUCUCGCGACCAUGCGAUCCUCAGAUUCUACUACAACUGGAAAUGGCACGAGAACCACUCCACACUCUGACCAAAACUCCUUGUGUAGACUUGUCAAAUACCCAGGCUUACAUCGAGGCUUAUUUUGAGAGAGUUAAUAUUUGGUAUGCUUGCGUCAACCCAUAUACCUGGAGGAGUCAAUACCGCACAGCCUUGUCCAACGGUUUCAGAGAGGGGCCGGAGAGUUGCAUCGUACUUCUUGUUCUUGCCCUGGGUCAGGCAAGCUUGCAUGGCAGCAUUUCGAGAAUCUUGCCGCAUGAAGACCCCCCCGGACUGCAAUACUUUACAGCAGCAUGGUCGCUGCUUCCAGGAUUGAUGACUGCCAACAGUGUAGUGGCGGCACAAUGUCAUCUCCUUGCUGCUGCUUAUCACUUUUACCUGGUCCGCCCUAUGGAGGCAUGGAAUCUGCUUUGCACGACAAGCACGAAGCUACAGCUGCUACUUAUGGCCCCAAGCCGUAUCCCAAGCCACCAGCGAGAGCUCGUGGAGCGAAUCUACUGGAAUGCACUACUCUUUGAGAGUGAUCUUCUCGCGGAACUCGACCUGCCUCAUUCAGGGGUUGUCCAAUUCGAGGAAAACGUUGGCUUGCCCUGUGGAUUUGAAGGUGAUGAAUCGGAGCAAGUCGGUCGAGAUGAGCUUUGGUACUUCCUUGCGGAAAUUGCUCUACGUCGGCUGUUGAAUAGAGUGAGCCAACUCAUCUAUUCUAAGGACUCGAUUGCAUCAACAACAAGCCUGGAUCCGGUGGUGGCAGAGCUUGACUACCAAUUGAGCCAAUGGUAUGAAAGUUUACCACUACCACUGCAAUUUCCUUUCACUCGAAAUGCGCUGCAAGAUCCGGUUCAAACUGUCCUUCGACUUCGAUUCUUUGCCUGUCGCACCAUUAUAUAUCGGCCAUACAUUCUAGCAGUGCUAGACAAUGAGCAAGCAGUAUUGGAUCCUGCUGUGCGGGAGAACUGCCACAAGUGCUUGGAGGCUUCCAUUCGACAACUGGAACAUAUCCAUGAACAUCAUGCCGGUCAUAUGCCAUACAUCUGGCAAGGUGCUCUGUCGAUAGUCUCCCAAACGCUGCUCAUCAUGGGUGCCAGCAUGUCGCCGUCACUGCUCAGCAUUCUGCUAACCUUGGUGCCUCACCGUGAGGCGCUGGACCAAAUGAUCAAUGAUGUUGUGAUAGAGGUUGAACGAUAUGCAACCCUAGCCCCUAGCUUGAGUCUAUCCUCGGAAAUCCUCAAGGAGGCAGAGGUGAGAAGACGCGCGUUCCUCGGUACUCCGUAG